AUGGAACACGUCAAAGGAAAUCAAAAUACAAAGGCUGACCUGUUAAGCAGACGAAUCAAUCAUCCUAAAGGCACAAACGAUAACGAGAAUCAGACACUUCUCCCAGACGUACAUUUUGAAGUACUUGACACCAACAAAGGAUACCUACCAGAUAUAUGUCGAAGCUUCCAGAAACAAGACGACAUAGUGAAGAAGAACUUGAAAGAGAAGUCGGAUACCUGGAAGGUGAAGGAUAGGAUCAUCUGGAUCAAGAGAGAAUCUGCGACGAGUUCCUACCCGAUCCCAUUAGCUGACCGCGUAUACGUUCCUUGA